AGUCAGUAUUAUUUUAAUUAAGAUGUAUUAAUGAAAAGGGGGAAUUAACAAAAAGAACUUAUUAUAAUAGCGGAAGUGAUAAUACUAAUAAAGCUUUAUAAAAAAGGGAGCAGAGAGAGUCAAAAGACUCAAAACCAAAAGUCUUAUAAAUAGAGGAAGUGAGAUCCAUAAUCCAUUACACUCGAGAGAAAGAUCCCAAAACAAAAGUUUUCUCUCGUCCUUCUUGUUAACUUCCUUCACCGGAGAAAGAAACCGAAACAGAGAUCAUGGCGUCUUCAACGCAAGACGAAGAAGCCCACCACAGCAAGGAAGAACCGGAGCUUAUUGACCUGAACAAAGAAGCCAAACACGAAGACGAUGACAAGAUCGUGGCCUCAGAGUCAGAGACAAGGGAAGCAAAGAAACAGAAAGUGGAACAAGAAGUCAAAGAUGCUAAUCAAGAAGAACAAAGCAGAGGAGGGACGAUGAUGGUGCCUUCAACGACGACAACACCAACAAGCUUAACUCAAGAAGAAGCAAAGGCAAAGGAAGAGGAAGACGACUCAGAACAAACCUUGAGGUUUCUAAGCCGAUGGAAAGCUCCGGAGACUCCACCUGAAAAGAUCAUUUACCCCAGCCUAGUCGAGCAAUGCAGCAGACCGAUCCAAAAGCAGCUGACGACGAGCGACGUGAAACAGAACAAGCUGUCUCAGUCUGGGCUGUCUUUAUCGAACUCGCAAGUGAGGAAGAAGUUUCAGCAGCUUCUCGAAGAAUCAGGGGAAAACGAGAGAAGGUUUUCGGUAUACGGACCAGACGGGAAGGUUCAUGAGAUUUGGCUUGGUAAGGAGAAGUCGUCGUUUGGUUUGACGAUAGGGUGGUGGAGGUUCGUGGUAGAGUAUUGGCUCAAGGAGUGGUGUAACUUCGUCACGGUUUGGAUGUUUAGGCACAGAGACACUCAGCGGAUUUGCUUAGCUAUUGAUGUCACAACGUUUGCGUUCAGGAAACAGGUUAGUAAGAGGAUCUCUGAUGCUGCUUUCGAGGAUUCUGAUUAGAGAGUAUAGAGAAAGGUUAUCAAGGAGAUUAAGGAGGGUAUUAGCUAGAGAUUUGAUUAGGGAGUUUAAUGAGAAACUGUACGGGAGGUAGAAGUUUUAACGUUUUGAUUUGAGUCACAUUCUCAGUUUCUUGCUCUAAAAAUGUAAAUCAUUUGAAUGAUAAAAAGAAGCUGGUUCUUUACUUCAGUACUUGUGAUGACCUAGAACUAGAAGUGACCACUUUACUUGAAAGACAAGUUAUCAUGCUUCAUCAGUUUUGCAUGCUUAAAUGAGUAUUUUGGUAUACUGCAAUGCACUCUGGGAAAACGAUUUUCAGAGAGUUUACAAACACACAAGCCAAAGUUUUAAAUAUUGAAGAGAACUUGUAACACAAAAAACAGAAAAGAGAUGUUAUAUUGCCUAAAGCUGUUGAGAUACUACAAAAAGUUAUUUCAUUCCAAUAAAGGCUAGCAAAACAGAUUUGUAUCAUACUUGAUCUUGGAUCGAUCCUCCUCACUUGCCUCUCGCAUUUGUGUAGUGUCUUGGGUAUAUCACAGCCCAACAAACUGCUCACAUUUCUCUUCUUGCUUUGCUACAAACAUGUUUUGACAGCUGUGCUUGAAGUCUUGAACCCUUUUAUAAUUUUUUUUUCCAGAGAUUUGCUGUAACACACGUAUUUUCCAAAAUAACUUAAAUAAAUAAAAAGUCUCAAAUCUCCAUUUAUUACUUUUCAAAAGUCAACUC